GAGGCUCCCGCCGGAUUCCGCUGGGCCGACUUCCGGCGCACGGCGGGCGCCCGGGCUCGGAGCGCGCGGGUGAGCGUGUAAGCGUGAGCUGCAGGACCGCCCUGUGUCGUUGCGGGAGCCCUCUCCGGUUCUAAGUAAACUUUUAUUUUCCUUUGGAAUUCCUGCUUUGCAGACAGAGCAAUGGCAGCCCGUGUACUUGUAAUUGGCGGUGGCGGAAGGGAACAUACACUGGCCUGGAAACUUGCACAGUCUAAUCGUGUCAAACAUGUGUUGGUUGCCCCGGGCAAUGCAGGCACUGCCUGCUUGGAAAAGAUUUCAAAUACUGCCAUCUCGAUAAGUGAUCACACUGCCCUUGCUCAGUUCUGCAAAGAUGAGAACAUUGAAUUCGUAGUUGUUGGACCAGAGGCACCUCUGGCUGCUGGAAUUGUUGGGAACCUGACCUCUGCAGGAGUGCGAUGCUUUGGUCCCACAGCAGAAGCAGCUCAGUUAGAGUCCAGCAAGAGAUUUGCCAAAGAGUUUAUGGACCGACACGGAAUCCCUACCGCACGGUGGAGAGCUUUCACCAGACCUGAGGAGGCCUGCAGCUUUAUUAUGAGUGCAGACUUCCCUGCUUUGGUUGUGAAGGCCAGUGGUCUUGCAGCUGGGAAAGGGGUGAUUGUUGCAAAGAGCACAGAAGAAGCCUGCAGGGCUGUACAGGAGAUCAUGCAGGAGAAAGCUUAUGGAGCAGCUGGAGAAACAAUUGUCAUUGAAGAACUUCUUGAAGGAGAAGAGGUUUCUUGUCUGUGCUUCACUGAUGGCAGGACCGUGGCCCCCAUGCCCCCAGCACAAGACCAUAAACGACUGCUGGAGGGCGAUCACGGCCCCAACACAGGGGGAAUGGGAGCCUAUUGUCCAGCACCUCAGGUUUCCAAGGAUUUGCUGCUGAAAAUAAAAAAUACAGUCCUUCAGAGGACAGUGGAUGGCAUGCAGCAGGAGGGUAUGCCAUACACAGGUGUCCUCUAUGCUGGUAUAAUGCUGACCAAGGAUGGCCCAAAAGUUCUGGAGUUUAAUUGCCGUUUCGGUGAUCCAGAGUGCCAGGUGAUCCUCCCGCUGCUUAAAAGUGAUCUUUAUGAAGUGAUUCAGUCUACCUUUGAUGGCCUGCUCCACACAUCUUUGCCUGUCUGGCUGGAAAACCGCACCGCCCUAACUGUCGUGAUGGCAAGUAAGGGCUACCCAGGAGAUUACACCAAGGGUGUGGAGAUAACAGGCUUUCCUGAGGCUCAAGCUUUAGGACUGGAGGUGUUCCACGCAGGCACUGCCCUGAAAGAUGGCAAAGUGGUGACUAGUGGGGGUAGAGUCCUUUCGGUAACAGCCAUCCAGGAAAAUCUCAUUUCAGCCCUUGAAGAAGCCACGAAAGGACUAGCUGCUAUAAAAUUUGAGGGAGCCAUUUACAGGAAGGACAUUGGCUCUCGUGCCAUAGCUUACCUCCAACAGCCCAGGGGCCUGACUUACAAGGAAUCUGGGGUAGACAUUGCAGCUGGAAAUAUGCUGGUCAAGAAAAUUAAACCUUUAGCAAAAGCUACCUCCAGACCAGGCUGUGAUGUUGAUCUUGGAGGUUUUGCUGGUCUUUUUGAUUUGAAAGCAGCUGGUUUCAAAGAUCCUCUUCUGGCCUGUGGAACAGAUGGUGUGGGGACUAAACUGAAGAUUGCCCAGCAGUGUAAUAGACAUGAUACCAUUGGCCAAGAUUUGGUUGCAAUGUGUGUAAAUGAUAUUCUGGCCCAAGGGGCAGAGCCCCUCUUCUUCCUUGAUUACUUUUCCUGUGGAAAACUUGACCUCGAUACAACUGAAGCUGUUGUUGCUGGAAUUGCCAGAGCCUGUGGGAAAGCUGGAUGUGCCCUCCUUGGAGGUGAAACUGCAGAAAUGCCUGACAUGUAUCCUCCUGGAGAGUAUGACCUGGCCGGUUUUGCCGUCGGUGCCAUGGAGCGGGAUCAGAAACUCCCCCACCUGGAAAAAAUCACCGAAGGGGAUGUUGUUAUUGGAAUAGCUUCAUCUGGUCUUCACAGCAAUGGAUUUAGCCUUGUGAGGAAAAUUGUAGCAAAAUCUUCCCUCCAGUACUCCUCUCCAGCACCUGAUGGCUGUGGUGACCAGACCUUAGGGGACUUACUUCUGACUCCAACGAGAAUCUACAGCCAUUCGCUAUUACCUGUCCUGCGUUCAGGACAUGUCAAGGCCUUUGCCCAUAUUACUGGUGGAGGAUUGCUAGAAAACAUCCCCAGAGUCCUUCCUGAGAAAUCUGGAGUGGAUUUAGAUGCCCAGACCUGGAGGAUCCCCAGGAUCUUCUCGUGGUUACAGCAAGAAGGACACCUCUCUGAGGAAGAGAUGGCCAGAACAUUUAACUGUGGGGUUGGGGCCGUCCUCGUGGUGUCAAAGGAUAGGACAGAGCAGAUUCUGAGGGAUAUCAAGCAGCACAGCGAAGAAGCCUGGGUGAUUGGCAAGGUGGUUGCGUGUCCUGAAGGUUCUCCUCGUGUGAAAGUCAAGCAUCUGAUUGAAACCAUGCAAGCAAAUGGAUCAGUAUUGGAGAAUGGCACUCUGAAAAAUCAUUUCUCUGUCCAACCAAAAAAGGCAAGAGUGGCUGUCUUAAUAUCUGGAACAGGAUCAAACCUCCAAGCCCUCAUAGACAAUACUAGGGAGCCAAGUAGCUGUGCACACAUCGUUGUUGUUAUCUCCAACAAAGCUGCAGUGGCUGGCUUAGAUAAAGCAGAAAGAGCCGGAAUUCCCACCAGAGUAAUCAAUCAUAAAUUAUAUAAAAGUCGUGUAGAAUUUGACACUGCAAUUGACCAAGUCCUUGAAGAGUUCUCCACAGACAUAGUCUGUCUUGCAGGAUUCAUGAGAAUUUUAUCUGGCCCCUUUGUCAGAAAAUGGAAUGGGAAAAUGCUCAACAUCCAUCCAUCCUUGCUCCCGUCUUUUAAGGGUUCAAACGCACAUGAGCAAGUCCUAGAAGCCGGGGUCACAGUCACUGGGUGUACUGUGCACUUUGUAGCUGAAGAUGUAGAUGCUGGACAGAUUAUCUUACAAGAAGCUGUUCCAGUGAAGAGGGGCGACACCGUUACAACUCUGUCUGAAAGAGUGAAAUUAGCAGAGCACAGACUAUUUCCCGCAGCCCUCCAGCUGGUAGCCAGUGGAACUGUACAGCUUGGAGAAAAUGGCAAGAUUCGUUGGGUCACAGAGUAGUGAAGUCUCCCCCGUUCAGGGCUAGAGCCAGUUCUGAAACAAGUCUGGCUAUCUGCAUUAUCAUGGACUCAGCCCAGAAGAACAACUGCUAAGAAAGAAUUCCUCACCCGCGCCUCUGGCCUUUUUUUUUUUUUUUUAACGAACAGAGAUUCAUUGAAAACAGGCCCGGUGCGGCAUGUCUGGGGCAUACGUGUGUCACCUCCAGCGGUCUUUUAGGGUUUACCUGUUCUGGACCUUCUUGAUCAUAAUCAAGCCGGUCAUUCAGAAUCCCUUUUACUUUCAGCCAAACAAGAUACCAAAACUUUUAGUCUCUCUUCUUCUGACGGAUACCACCUCCAUUUUUUGUAGUUACAUGUUCUCUAGUUUUUGAAGAGUUAACCAACAAGGCUAUUAAGUUAAUAUCUCUUCCCCAUAUUGUAUAUCUGUACUGGUUUGAGUUGAGACUGAUCUAGUCUAAUUACCCUGAUCAUAAUGUAGUGUCAUAAAAUGGGUGUGUAACUCCCACUUCUGAGGGAUGGUGUACUUUGUGCUUUGAAAUAUCAUUAAACAUCCUAGUUAUUGACA